AUGGCUGAUCGCCCGCCGGCAUUCAGAACCCACAUCCAGAUAUUGCAAGAUCCUGGCCCUGUUUCUCUAUUGAUAGCUCCUGAAACUUCUGACCAGGACUCGGUUUCUGCCUCAGAGUGGCAGCGGAAGCUGGAAGCGGCCGAGGCUCUGCUGAUUCUGAGAGACUCUCCCCAGGCGUCUUCUGGCUCUGUCUCCCUGCUGCAGCCCUCCACGGCGGCAGCUCCCGCUGGAGAUACAGGACCCCAGCCUCCUAGCCCCUCUCUGCGACCCAGGCCAGCCAGCUCCAUUUCUCUGCCUAUUGGACAUCUGGGGUGCAUCUCCCUCUUGAGCUAGAAGCCCAGAAGAGGAGGCCUCACUAGAGUGCUGCCUAUUUAUGCAUUUGCAAAAUGUUUAAUAUCCAAUAUGCUUAACAUUUUCCUUUCUUUUUUUUUUUAACCUUCAGGUUCUUUUACAAGCUUUUCAGACCCUUUUUAUUAUAUGGGGCAAUUCCUUGGCUGAGGGUGGAUAUCCUUGUACCUCCAUCCCUUACUGCCUUGGAUAUUGGGGCCUUUUUAUGUCUCUUAGAAAAACAGGGUUGUGCAAUCUGAGCUGAUCAGUCUCUAAAUAGGGUUCUGUGGGAGGUCCUAUGUUCAUAUGCCAGAGUUUUCUUUUGACUUGUGAUUGCAAACAUAGCCGUGCACUCACGUAUGUAUCCAUGCUUGUCAAAAUAGAAGGGUGUGUUCAUUUCAUGUCUGGAUUGAUGUGUGUGAACAAAUAAUAAACCCUCGCUGUUGUAAGGCA